AUGUUCAUCAACUCCCCUGAACCCAUCCCGGGCACCUUUCCCAAGGACCCUCUCGAACCUUCUGGUUCCAACUUCCCCUGCCACGGCGUUGAGCUCCCCACCACUGGUGGUCAGUCCUUUGCGGCUGGCUCCAAACAGAUGCUUUCGUUCGAGCUUGCUGAAGGCGCAAACACGGCUGUCCACGGCGGCGGCUCCUGCCAACUCAGCUUGACCUACGAGACCGAUCCUGGCAACCUGGAGAAGGCAAUUGCCUGCAAGCCCGGUGCGACUGAUUGCGUCAACGACUUCCCCUUCACCAUUCCCAAGGGUGUCAAGGAUGGUCAUGCAAUUCUCGCAUGGACAUGGUACAACACAGUAGGCAACAGAGAGCUUUACAUGAAUUGCGUCAACGCCCAAAUCACCGGUGGCGACGGCUCAGAGAUGAAAGAUUUCCCGGCCAUGUUCGUUGCAAACCUUGCAGCGAUCGACACUUGCCCUACGACCGAGAGUAUCAACGUUCAGUUCCCAAACCCUGGCAAGUAUGUC